ACUUCAACAUUAUAACCCAACUUUCCACAGUUUCAGAAUACCAAAAUUUCUAAUGUAUGUUUACGAUUAAACUUAUAAAAUUCUUUCAAAAUGUAUCGUGUUUUCGGACGUUCAUUUAGUUCCUUUGCUAUACCAAGCAUCAAGCAACUCUUCGCCAAAAGCAAAACAAAAGAAACAGUUACAAUUAAGGGCUGGGUAAAAUCAUUACGAAAAAUGAAAGGAAUAACAUUCUUGGACAUUUCCGAUGGUUCAACUGACAUUAAACUACAAGUAGUGGCCAAUAAAUCACUGCAACUUGAAAAUCUAACCACAGGCAGCUCAGUAACUGUUGUUGGAAGCAUGGAUAGAAAUCCCAAAGGACAAUUAGAAGUAACAGCAGAUGAUAUUGAUAUUUCUGGCAAGUGCAUCCUAGAGGAGGGGUAUCCAUUUGCACCAAGAAAGACAUAUACACCAGAAUAUGUCAGGCAAUAUUUGCAUUUAAGAUCAAGAACUAAUAAAUUUGCAUCCAUGUUGAGAAUAAGAGAUGGUGUAACACAAGCAAUUCAUGCACAUCUACAUGAUGAAGGAUAUAUUAAUAUUCAUACACCUAUUCUCACAUCAAAUGAUUGCGAAGGGGCUGGUGAAGUGUUCAAUAUUCAGCCUGAAUCUCAAAACAUUCAAAGAGCUAUGGCAAGGGAAAAUGUGCCACUGACUGAAUCUUACUUUAAUGGUAAAGUUUUCCUUACUGUGUCUGGCCAGUUGCAUUUAGAAGCAAUGGCUCAUGGCCUGAGUAAAGUGUACACACUUGGGCCAGUUUUUAGAGCAGAAAAUUCAAGAUCAAGGCUUCAUUUGGCUGAGUUUUAUAUGCUUGAACUGGAAACCGCAUUUGUUGACAAACUAGAAGAUUUAAUGUCUUGCAUAGAAAAACUAAUUCAAAACGUAACAAUUCUGGUGCUGCAUAAAUAUCAGACUGAUUUUAAACAAGCACAGAUUGGUGAUUUGGAUUUUGCAUGGACGCAGAAACAGUUUCCUGUAAUUACUCAUGAUUAUGCACUAGAAGUGUUGAAGCAAAAUGGCCGCAACUUGAACGAUGAUUGUAAUUUUACUAAAGAAGAUGAAAUAUUUUUGGUGAAACAUUGCGGUAAUGUUCCAACAUUUGUUAUAAAUUGGCCCAAAGAUCAGAAACCGUUUUACAUGAAAGAAUGUAAAACUGAAAAAGGAAAAGUAGCUGCGUUGGAUUUACUGGCCCCGAAUGUUGGCGAAAUUGUGGGCGGCAGUUUGAGGGAAGAUGAUUAUUAUUUACUACAAGAAAAACUGCCCACUGAGAAGCUGCAGUGGUAUUUGGAGUUGCGGAAAUUCGGCGGUGUCCCUACGGCUGGUUUUGGUUUAGGAUUCGAACGUUAUUUGCAAUUGUUGUUGGGAAUUACCAAUAUUAAAGACACUAUACCAUUUCCACGAUGGCCACACAAUUGCUCAUUAUAAAUUAUUGUACGAAAUCGAAUGUUUUGUUAAUUUAAAUGUAAAUAAUAGCUGAAGGCAGUUUUGUUAUGUUAAUAUAUAAAACCAUGAAACUUUUAAAA